CCCAUGGCGCUUCCCCCGGUGAUGCUGCUGGUCCUCGGGGUUGCCAUGGCGAUGAUGUUCCCCCAAAUGGACGGAGCGCGGGUGGUGAGCGGUCAGACGGUGUGUUUGGGAGGUCCGGAGCUUCCCUGCUAUAAGAUCGCAUAUUUCCACGACGUGACGAGCCGCGUAGCUUUCAGCGAGGCGCUUGAGGCCUGCAAGAUGGACGGAGGCUCACUGCUGAGCAUCGAGAGCCACGCCGAGCAGAAGGACAUCGAAAACCUGCUACAGGAGCUGCGUGGGGGAGCAGUGGGCGGGGCCAGUGGGGGAGGGGGUGGGAUAGCUGAUGGAGAUUUCUGGAUUGGUCUGACCCGGGUGGACGGGGUCGAUCAGACGGAGACCGGCAGCAGCUUCGUGUUCUGUUCUCAGCGUUACCGCUGGACGGACGGCAGCCUCGCUACCUUCAGGAACUGGUAUUUUGACGAGCCGUCCUGCGGGGGAGAGGCGUGCGUCGUGAUGUACCAUCAGCCGACUGCCCUUCAUGGUCUGGGCGGGGCUUAUCUCUACCAAUGGAACGACGACCGCUGCAACAUGAAACACAACUUCAUCUGCAAAUACCAACCAGGUACCAACAGCCAAUCAGCUUCACCCUCUCUGGACACACAUGGAGGGCGGGCCACAGAGGCAACUGCAGGUGGAGGUGUGGUCAGGACUGCAGGCAGUGAGGAGGUUCCUCCUCAGGUGGUCAUGGCCGGAGCUUCAGGAAUGUUGCUGGUGUACGUGAUAAUACCCACAAUCCCCCUGCUGCUGCUCAUACUGGUGGCUUCUGGGACUUGUUGUUUUCAGAUGCUCAGCAGGAGUUCUCCACGCACAAAGACCGCCGUUGCUGCUGGUGCCUGCUCCACCCUGUGGAUCUCCAGGAAUCCCAAACCGGACAGCAUGGACGUCUGACGCCGCCCGCACCCCCCCGUUGUAACGGUGACAUCACAGCAGCAUCACAGGCAGAGGGAUGACUUCACCUCACGGCUCGGCCAAUCAUCUUCAUUGUGCGCUGACGGACAGGCGGAGCUUUGACAGGACGAUGACGUCAUCGCAGAGGCUUUUAUUUUGUAUUUGUAUUGCAGCUGUGUGUGUCUCUGUGUGUGUGUGUGUGUGUGUGUGUGUGUGU